AACGACGUUACGUUUGGUUUUUACUAUCCACGUUAACGAUUUAUUUGAAUAACAUGGACAUCCAGGAAAAAAAUAUCCGGAGCUGUGGAGAGAACAGCGUAGAGAUGGUUGACGUGGACGAAGAAAACUUUGCUAUUUCCAGUUCCUCAGCUGCAGACGCAGCUUUUGAUGCUGUCAUUGGCUGCAUAGAGGACAUCAUCAUGGAGGAGGACUUUCAGCAGCUUCAGCAAAGCUUCUUGGAGAAGCACUAUGUGGAGUUUGAGGACUCUGAUGAGAACAAGCUCAGCUACACGCCCAUCUUUAAUGAAUAUGUGGAUCUGCUGGAGAAAUACCUGGAGCAGCAGCUGGUGGAGAGGCUCCCUGGCUUCAACAUGAACACUUUCAUAGAGCUGCUCAUGCAACACAAAGAGGAGGUGCCAGGUGACAUCUUUGACAUGCUGCUGACAUUCACUGACUUUAUGGCCUUCAAGGAGAUGUUUCUGGAAUACAGAACUGAGAAAGAGGGACGAGGUUUGGACCUGAGCCAAGGACUGGUGGUCACAUCUCUGAUCCCUGCAGGCUCCAAACACACCAGCUCCACUGAAUCGCAGUGACACUCAAAAGAAAAAAAACACCUCACUUGCCUCCUCAUCCAUGUGUUUAUGUAAAAUUUUCUUCAGACUUGAGAAAGUAGUUUUCAGUGGUUUUUGGGAGUUUUGUACUUGAUGCUGACAAGGGUGCCCCCAGAAAUUUUGCAUAGGGAUGGCCAGGUGUUGCUACUGAAAAUCUUGAGAUGACACACCCAGAUGCUGGUGAUUGGGCAGCACCUGAGACAGUUGUUAUACAUAAUUGAUGGGAGUUAGGGCAGCAAUUGUAUUGGGGUGGCCAUGGCCCCCCUCAGCGGCACCCCUGGAUGGUGAACUGCUGGAUGCACUUCCCAUAAAUCUACAAUCUGUGUACAAAUGGCCCCUAACAGCAAAUUCACGUAUGUUAUGUGUGUUUGAGAGCCUCUAUGUGAAGAUGGUGUAUGUUUUAUAACGUUUUAAAUUAUUUUGUCAGUUUGAAAGUCAUGGGAUUGAGUUUAAUCACUGAGUUUAAUGUCCCUAGUGUGUGUGUGUGUGUGUGUGUGUGUGUGUGCGCGCGCGUGCGCGUCCGUGCGUGUGUGCGCGCGUGCCUGCUAAGUGUUUUCCAUUAGUCUUAACAUGACAGCUGUACAAAAAAAGUAUAUAGUAUAUUUAUGUCCCUGGUGAAAUUGUUGAUUUGUUAGUAAAAAUGUAUUUUCAA